UUUAUAUACUGGUGGGGCUUUCGGGGCCUUCGGCGCAGCUGUUGCAUUUGCGUUGGCAUUAACAUGUCGAGCGGCUGGACGGCGAACGAUCAUAAGACUUACACGAAUCCCCCAAAAACAGGAAUGAAGCGGAACCGCAACGACGCCGUGAACAAAGUGACUGUGGUGCUCGGUGCGCAAUGGGGCGACGAGGGCAAGGGGAAAGUCGUCGACUUGUUGGCAACGGAGGCCGACAUCAUAUGCCGAUGCCAGGGUGGCAACAAUGCUGGUCACACAGUGGUGGUGGAUGGCAAGGAGUAUGACUUCCACCUCCUUCCCAGUGGGAUCAUCAACUCCAAAGCAAUUUCCUUCAUUGGUAACGGAGUGGUCAUACAUCUGCCCGGGUUGUUCGAAGAAGGGGACAAAAAUGAGAAGAAAGGGCUCAAGGGCUGGGAGAAGCGACUGGUCAUCUCCGAUAGGGCCCACAUCGUGUUUGAUUUCCACCAGGCUGUGGACGGACUGCAGGAGGUCCAGAGACAAGCACAGGAAGGGAAGAAUAUUGGCACCACUAAGAAAGGCAUUGGUCCUGCAUAUUCCAGCAAGGCAUCUCGAACAGGGCUGAGAAUCUGUGACCUUCUGGCUGAUUUCAAGGAGUUCUCCGGCAGGUUCAAGAACCUUGCCCAGCAGUACCAGUCCAUGUUCCCCAUGCUGGAGGUGGACGCAGAAGCACAGCUGAAAAAGCUGAAGGAAUACGCAGAAAGGAUACGGCCCAUGGUGAGAGACGGUGUCUAUUUCAUGUACGAAGCUAUUCAUGGAUCUCCAAAGAAGAUCCUGGUAGAAGGAGCCAAUGCUGCCCUGCUUGACAUUGACUUUGGUACAUACCCCUUUGUGACAUCAUCAAACUGCACCGUGGGCGGAGUGUGUACUGGGCUGGGUAUUCCCCCUCAGAACGUGGGAGAGGUGUACGGCGUGGUGAAGGCCUACACGACCAGAGUAGGCAUCGGAGCCUUCCCCACGGAGCAGCUCAAUGCAAUAGGUGAGCUCCUUCAGACCAGGGGGCACGAGGUGGGGGUCACCACAGGAAGGAAGAGGCGCUGUGGGUGGCUGGACCUGGUUAUCCUCCGCUACGCCCACAUGAUCAACGGCUUCACCGCUUUUGCACUGACAAAGCUGGAUAUCCUAGACGUGCUGGAUGAAAUCAAAGUGGGCGUGGCCUACAAACUCAACGGAAAAAGAAUUCCUUAUUUCCCAGCAAAUAUGGAAGUCUUGCACAAAGUGGAGGUAGAGUAUGAAACACUGCCUGGCUGGAAGAGUGACACCACAGCAGCCAGAAUGUGGGACGACCUCCCACCCAAAGCCCAGAACUACAUCCGCUUUGUGGAGAACCAAGUUGGUGUCCCCAUUAAGUGGGUCGGUGUUGGAAAGUCAAGGGAGUCCAUGAUCCAGAUGUUUUAGGAAGCAGAGCCAAGCUUCUCUGCAUGUCAAACACAUGGAUUUACCCACAAUGCACCAUCUUGUUUUAGCCACACUGUUGUCUUGUUUGCGUAAGGCAGGGAUCACACAAACAUAGAUGAACACACAUGGUUCGUUGUAAACAGCCAUCUGUAAAAUGUGUGUCUCUAGGCUUCAUAAACCUGUCCUAGCAAACAGAUUCAGGGCAUAUUCUCUGGACAGGAGGGUUGGACUUGGUGUCCUGCACUAAGAAGUUUUCAAUAUACAGAUCAAGGUUUUUGAGGUCAGAUGUUUUGCAUGAAGCCAACUCACAACUGAAAAAUAUAUUUUUGCAAUUCAUAUUUUUCUUUCUUUUCAAGAUAUGCACCAUAGAUAUACUAGUACUGACAGAUUCUCAGUCAGCAUCAAUGCUAAGAAGGUGGUACUUACACACCCCAAAGAAUAUAUUUAUUGUCAUCCUUCAGGUGGCUAAUACAAUGAAAUUCAAUGUUCACAUAUUCCACCUUGCUCUUCUAGGAGACAUCCUCGCAUGUUCAGGUGAGAACAAAGCUUGGGGUCAGAGUUCAGGUCCAGCCAUUUUUCCAGUGCACUUGGAGCGGUUUUUGCAGGUUAGGGUACUUGCACAAGGGAUUUAAUCCAACAGCCUUCCGGACACAAGUACAGACUCCUAACCCACAACACCACACACCAUCCCACGAUGACUGACCCUGUCCUCCUCUUAUAUUUUGCAGAUCAGUUACCUAUGACUUUUAAAUAUGUGUACUCAGGAAAGUCUGUCACCCAGAUGAUAUUGGCUGAUAUUAUGCCAGUUCCUUUUCAUUGUGUCUGCAGUGAAAUUCGAAUGCACUUUGGUUGUAAUUUUUUUGGCAUCCUGAAUGUAAUGUCACACCAAUUCUAUAGACUUGAAUAAACAUUGGCCAGUAUUUGGUGGCAAAAAGCGCUUUUAAUAUAGACAUUCACCUUU